AUGUCUGAUUCCCCAGCUGAUAAUCAUAACGGUGAGCAGGAGCACCAGGAUCAGCAGGAGGAGAACAAGGAGCAGGAGCCACCCCAGUCACUGCAGUUAAAGGUCAAGAACGCAGAAGGCAAGGAGGUGAUGUUCAAGUUGAAGCGUGGAACUCCGUUGCGCAAGUUGAUGGAUGCCUACUGUACAAGGGAAGGAUUACCUGCGGACGGCGUGAGGUUCCUCUAUGAUGGAGAGAGGAUUAACCGCGACAACACCCCCCAGGAGCUGGAUAUGCAGGACCAGGAUGAGAUUGAUGCUCUCGUCGAGCAGACAGGCGGCUGCAGUCUCUUCUAA